AUGAACCCGGCAACCAGCGGGCCGGUGACCGAGGGCUCACGGGGCGCGGGCAGGGCCCCGCGGCGACCCCGCGCCAGCUCCCGCCGGAGGGCACCGGGGCGUAAGGAGGCCGCGGGCCUCCCGCCCUUCCCUCGGCCGGGCUGCCCCGGGGGGGCGGGAGGCCCCAGCGCGGCGGGCGGGCGGGCGGGCCGGCAGCGGAGCGGCUGUCGCCGCCGGAGCGGCGAGGGGAGCCGCGGCACAGCGCGCUCCUCCGCCACCGUGAUGCGCGUUCGGCCCCCGCCGGCCGCCCCCUGUCACCUCCCACCCCCCCCGCCACGCCGAGCGGGCACCGGCACCGGCACCUCCGCCUCGCCCCGGCCGCCUCCCGCCGCGUCCGCCCGGCCCCUGCCCCGCUCCUCCCGACACCCCCCCACCGGGUCCCGACCUUACCGGCCGCCCGGAGCCGCGGCGGAGCGGGCCAGCGCGCGCCGCACACAACGGCGGCGAGCGGAGCGCGAGGCGGCGGCGGCGGGAGCGCGCGAGAGCGCCGGGGCGGUGGGGGAGGGAGGCGGGCGUGUUGCUGCGGCGGAGCGGGCGGGGGCAGCCCGGCCGCCUCUCACCUGCGGUGGCCCCGCGUAG